UUAGGUUUUGAAGUAUUAGGUUACUAACCUGGUUCUUAUUAAUCUUUUUUAUGGCUUAAGCAAUCAAUAAAUGAGUGUUUUUCAGUAAUAAUUAUACCAUUUUGGUGCUUAUAUUUGCAAUUUCUUCGGCUUUAUCGAGUUAUUUAACUUCGAUAUCAAAGGAAAGUGCCAUCAAAAUCCAUAGGAAUUCACCCGUCUGAUGCCCUAUUUCAAAGGGUUAAGGGCUGGGCUAAUGAACGUUUUAUUCCACUGAUUGUAAUGUUGUUACAGGUGGUAUAAAUUAUUUGCAAGAUAGAGGGGUGAUAACAAUUACAUAUUUUGGCUGACAGUCAUUAAGUGUAAGUGAUGAACAGCCAAAGCUUUACUCUAGCUGAGCGACUCAUCCCUGCCACCUACCUGCAGCAGGCUGCAGCCAGCAAGAAGGCCAGAGAGAAUCUCAUCAGGAUUCUUAUUGAACAGAGAAAAUGGCCAGAGGAGGGAUGGGACGAUGCUACAAUCGAGUUGUUCCUAGCCGACUUGGCUCAGAUGGACAGCAACAACUUCCCUGGCAAUUGUGGAAUUGGCGAAAGGGAAGCUCGAUUUGCGUCCUCUCUGGUAGCCCGUAGACAUUAUCGUAUGGGUCAUGGGAUUGGCCGAUCCGGAGACAUUGGGGAGGUGCAGCCCAAGGCGGCCGGCUCUAGUCUGCUAAUCAAGCUGGCAAACGCUCUGCUCCUAGACACCAUCAGGUUCAUGGGAGUGAACAACUCUGCUGGGUGUUUCAUGGUCCCGAUGGCUACAGGAAUGUCGUUGGUUUUGUGUAUGCUCACAAUGAAACAGGACCGUCCAGGAGCUAAAUUUGUCUUGUGGUCCCGCAUCGAUCAGAAGUCUUGCUUUAAGUGCAUUAUUACAGCAGGUCUACAGCCCAUAGUGAUAGAGACAGUGGUCUCGGGUGAAGAGCUGCGUACAGACACCACUGCACUAGAGACGCAGAUGGCCACAUUGGGCUCAGACAACAUUGUGUGUGUUUUGUCUACAACGUCUUGCUUCGCUCCACGUGCCGCUGACAGUCUAGAGCAAGUAGCGGUGCUGUGUUCCCGCUACAACAUCCCUCACCUUGUCAACAACGCGUAUGGUCUGCAGAGCACCCGCCUCAUGCAUCUCAUACAGGAAGCAGCAAGGAAAGGAAGAGUGGAUGCGUUUGUUCAAAGUACAGACAAAAACUUUUUGGUGCCUGUUGGUGGGGCUGUCAUAUCUGGUUUCGAAAAAGGCCUUCUUGAAAGAAUAGCCAAGAACUAUCCUGGACGAGCCUCAGCGAGUCCCGCCAUGGAUGUGUUCAUAACUCUUCUCUCACUCGGGGUAAAUGGCUACAAGAACCUCAUCAGUCAACGUAAAGAAAUGUACAAAUAUCUCAAAGAAGAAUUGGGGAAGGUCGCAACUAAGCAUGGAGAGCGUCUUUUAGAUACUAAAAAUAAUCCUAUAUCUAUUGCCAUGACUUUGACCUCACUGGCCAACACAGGAGACAGCAAGCGAGUGUCAAUGUUGGGAUCCAUGUUGUUCCUCCGUUCUGUGUCCGGCACUAGGGUCAUAUCAGGCACAGAGCUCAAAGAAGUUGCUGGAUACAAAUUUGAAGGGUGGGGCGCACACUACUCCAACUACCCCACACCGUACCUGACAGCCGCAGCAGCCCUGGGCAUGCGCAAGUCUGACGUGGACCUCUUCACUCACCGACUAGACAAGGCGCUCAGUAAGCUGAAAGGUCGCUCGGCCCCGCCCACCCCCACCAGUGUGGAGGAGUUGACAGUGAGUGGACGUCGCUCUGCUGGUAGAGGCACCAUCAAUGGUGAGGCCAGUGACUCUGCCGGCACCUCGCUGGCGUCUAGCAAAGACAGUCUUCGCAAGUGAUGAUAGACACCGCAACGCUAAGCUCAUUUUAUGUUAUUUAUAUUUUUAACUACUUCAUUUUUUCUGGGACCGAAGAAGGAAUUGUCAAUUUGACGUUCUUCCUGAUGUGAGUUUAUUAUGUCACCACAACCUGUAAUAAUUUUAUACAAUAGAUUGUACAAGAAUCGUGCAGUUACAAUAUAGUUUUUUAAACUGUGAGGUACAUAGGCGUCAAAUUGAAGAUAACAAACAAGUUUUAUGUUGAACAUUUGUCAUUUGAUUUCUGAGUCGUGCUUUAGAAAACUGAGUCCUUUGUGCACUAAUCCAAAAAUCGUACUAUGCAUCUCAGUACAAGGGGCUUAUAACUUUUCUUCAAAGUAAAACAUUACAGGCUCCAUUUUUCUCUAAUUUUACCAGCUAAUAAUUUUACCAGUUGACCUCUAAAUGACUAAACCAUUGCAUAUUUAACGAAUGAUGUUCAAGUGACUUGAAAUAUUGCAAUUUUGACUGUAAACAAAUAUUAUAAUUGUUAGAGUGAAAUAAGAUGAACCUACAAACAAAUGUGAUAGUUUUAAAUUAUUGUUUUUCCUACGUUUUUUUUUCAUUUUAGCAGAUCAGUUAUUUUAAUAUUUCUUGUUUUUUUUUUGUUUUUUAUUAUUUAACUAUUUUAAAGAUAACCUACCUGCUGUUGGUUUGUUGUGACAAUGCCCACAAAUAAGAGAUAGUAACAAAUAUUAAAACUACUUAUCACUAGUGUAUUAGAGAUGUAAGUUAUAUAACAAAACAGGAUUGCCGCGUGAAACUGUUGUCAGGCAAGACUGUUGCCGCGAUCUCCCUAUUUUUUUACUUUUCAGUUGCGUUUCUGAACGCAUCAGCAAAUCGGCCGAUCGCCGAUUUAAAAAAAACUAAUAGUUCUAAAAACUAAUAGUUAAAAAACAUUGUCAAUGAUCAGUUCGCAGUUGUUAGUUUUUAUGUGGGACUUGAAAUAACUGAAUCAUCAAACUCGUUUCUGUAAGUCACCUGUUAUAGCAGCAUUGGAAACUAAAGAAAAGAUAUUGUUGUGCUGUAAAGAUGGAAAGGAGUGACUAGGACCGGAGAAAUUCACAAAGGAAAUCUAUGAUAAUUUUUAAUAAAAUUUGAAUAAUUUGUUUAAUAUACUUCUCGAUCGUACAUUAGUGAGUUUUUUAUCUUCAUGCCUUAUAGUGAUUUUAUGUAUUUAAGUUUUAAUUUAUUUAUACUGUGGCUUGGAUGAGUUAUUUUUCUCAAAACAUGAAACAUGGUAAUUUAACGUUGUGAAUGAAUUGCAUUUCAUAACUUAAGUAUCCAGUUUGAUUAAAAAUACUUUUCAAAUGAGUGUAAAAUGGUUUUACACAUUCUCAUGUUUUAAAAUUAUAGUCGUUAUUUUUAUUUUAUAAAUACCCCAGUUAGGAAUUAAUUUUAACAUGACUGAUGUUUUUUUUUUUUCAAUUAAUAUAACGUUAAAAUACGAAAAAUAACACUUAUAGAUGUUUUUUAAAAUGCUUAAUUAAACUACUUAAAAAACAUUGUUUAACUGUUAACUGUGGUACAACUGAUGUUUAUAUAUAUAUAUAAUCAAUCUGAUCUAUGCCAUCUGAACAACGUAAAAUAUGAGUAAAUGCUUGAUAACGUCUAACACAUUUAAAUAAUGAUUGCUGGGACAUAACGGUCGUCGAUAACGGACUCUCGCCAACAUACAUGGCUACAAUCUUUUGGCAACAUUGCUAAAAAUAACAGUAUGCGGCAACCUGUUAAUCGGAACGUUGCCGUUGCGUUGCUGGAAAUCAACGAUAACUUACAUCCCUAGUGUGUGAUAAUCUAAAGGCAGUGAAGUACUGUUUUGUAGGCUUGUCUGUUAUUUAUGAACGCGAAACACCACGCCACAUACUGCUGACAUUUUGGACACAUUAUAUAAAUGUACUGUAUUUGUGAGUACACCAGAAGAAACUAUCGUUGCUGGAUGAACUUUGGCUUAAUAAAUAUGUGAGAGUUGACAAAAAAUAACUAAAGUUUGGGCUGCAUUUCCUGUUGUUCCUACAGGGUAAUAUAAUCUAUUAAAUAAAUGGCAUUAACAAGUCAACACCAUAAAUAUAUAAACUCAAGACAUUCCAAAACCGUUUGGGCUAUUUCUAGUUCUAGUCAAAACUAGUUAGGCUAUUUUCUUGGAAUAUUCAAAUUUAAAAUCCUGCAGUUUGUCUUAUAUACAUGCUUAUCAUGCUUGAGCAAACACCCAGCACCGUUGACCUCUAAAUGACUAAACCAUUACAUAUGUACUUAAACAUAGACUUGCCUGAUAUACAAGCAACAUGGAAUAUUCCAAUUGUGACUGUAAAGAAAUUUUCUAACUGUUUGAAUGAAAUAAGAUAAACCUACAAAAAAUAUGAUAGUUGAAAUGUUUGUUUUUCCUAAGUUUUUUCAAACUGUUGCACAUCUAUUAUGUAUAAACAUGUUGAACCAAGAUUAAAAUGAGAGAACUGAUUAAAUAUUAUUUAUUUUAACACAUCAUUUUAUUAAUAACAGUAACUGAAAUAAUAACUAACUGCUUCCCACUAGCAGUCUCAAUUAAUUAAGGUUGUAAUGAUUUUUCUUUAGAACCUAAUUAACAUUUUAGUGAAUCCAAACUGGAUGGAAAUAAAAAAAAAGACUCAAUAAAAACUUUGUUAAAUAAACUAUUUGAAAAAACUCCAAUAGGUAGUUAAUUUAUUUAAACAAACUAUUGUGUUUAUUUUUUACCCUACAAAGUUGCUUUUUUAUUAGGUUUAUUUUUUACAUAUAGGUAAUAACUAAUAAUAAUAAUAAUAAUAUUUUUUGUGGAUUCCACAUAAUAUAAAAUGAGUUGUUUAUGCCAACAGGAAAAGUAAGAUAUCUUGCAAUGUAAGGUCUGCUGAACACUACAACGAACAUGACAUGACAAGAAUUAUUUAUAGAAAAGGGAUUUGAUUCAACACAAUUUGUAAAAGAUUAAGUGGGGCUGACACACGGUAAGGGAACACAAUGCAACUCAACAAUGUUUGUUUUCUAAUGAAUAAAAAGAGUUUGGAGCUGUUAUCACUCAACAACUGAUUGGAAAAAUCUCUCACCUCAUAAACUAGUGUUAUAGAGUUUAUCACCAGAACAGAACAGAACGUACAAAUAAUUGUCAUGGUGAAAACACAGGUCACUGUAUAAAAAUAAUCUAUAGUAUAGACUUUGCAGCCAAUCUUGUUGUAAACAAAAUACAUCUGAAAUGAAACACAUUACCUAAUUAUAAAAGAAAUUGGAUAUGUUCACAAUAUUCCUUCUACAAAAUAGCCUAACUAAAUAUUACUUUUGUUUUAAGGCAGAUGAUGAACAAACCCACACAGUUUCGUGGUAUUAAAAUAAUACUGUCUAAAAUUGUAUUAUUACUUAUCAGUUAAACAUGUUUGCUUAUAUACAGUGCCAAGAAAUAGUGGUUUCUUUUAGAAUAUUACCUACUGCUCUUUUUAUAGAUGUUACCUCAAUACAAUAUUAAGUUACCAUGAAUGCAAUAUUAAAACUUUUUUCAAUAUGGUACCACAGUGUGGUUUAUUGUUUAAGAGUUUAAACAAAAUAUUUCAUAAUCUUGAGAAAUUUAAAUUACGAUACAAAAUAAAUAUACAUCACAACAACGGUCUCAUUAAUAUUUCUAGUGCUCUUGGAGAAUGAACGGGUCUUGCAUUAAUUUGAUCAUUUAGUUCUGUUUUAGUUACUAAUAAGAUUUCUAUCCAAGGUUCCUGUUUGAUUUAUCUGUGUUAGGUUAUUUAUCUUCCUAGUUAGGUUAUUUCUUUAUUUCUUAGGUUAUUGAUUAAUGAUUAGUCACGUAGGCAAACAAAACCAACACAUUGUCAUUUUCCAAUUAAAAAAAAAUGAAAAUUAUAAAUUGUUAUUAAGUUAUAUAUAAAUAUAUUUUAUUUAUACAUUAAGCUAUAUUAAUACUAUUAAGUUCUAUAGGCUAUAGUUUUGAGAUGUGUUAUAGUCUUUAAAAUUUUCCUCGUUUUCAUUCCGUUGUAUUAAGUAGUCUUAUCUUACGUACUUUAAAUGUUUUAUCGUGUAAGCAGGUGAACUGAGAUAGUCUGAAUAUUUGUUCAUAUUUUUUAAAGAAAAGAUAAUUGUAUAAAUAACUAUUUGAUUUUGUUUAAAUAACAGAUUCUGUAAUAGACGAGUUGAUAAUUUGAUUCACACAGUGUAAAAAACUAUUAUUAUAUUUUCAGUAAAGUUUUUCUGGUCUGGUUGUUUUUUUUUUACAAUUUGAAUGUAUUGAAAUCCAAGAACAAAUUAUUAGGGUCAUUUGGACUAUUGCAGCAUCCAGGCAACUAAACAUUUAUUUGAACUAUCAGAUUUGACCUGUAUGAACUUGAAACCAAGACAAGUAUUGGACUAAAUGUUAGACUUUUCUCAAUUAGAAUUCUUUAUUAAAAGAAUUAUUUUGCUCAUGUAACUUUUGAGGUGAACUGGAUUCUCAUAGUAGGCACAAAAUUGUUGAUAAUUUCUUUAAUUACAUUAGUUACUUUUUACUUAAUAAUGAAUGACUUCAAACUU